GGCGCGGGCUCGCCGUCGCACAGUCUCGCGCCGCCGCGGCCAGCCGGCGCAUCGGUGCAACGGGAUGCAUUCGUAUUCGCGUUGAGGGUGUAGCGCGAUACACGCGUACCAUAAACUAACGUUCCCAUGUGUGCUAUAGAUCAGUGAGAUGCCGCAAACGGAUUGCUCGGUUCAAGUUUCGAUAACAGUGCAACCGAAUCGCAAUAAAUUGCAAGUGUUUGUUGACGUUUUCAUGAGUAACAGUAGCAGCUCAGGGUCGGGCGCCGCGCCGCCGCACGAGCCGGACCCGGACCUCGACUCGAUGCACAUGAUGCUGGACCCGCACCUGCGGCCCAUCUCGCCGGACCUCGCCAACGAGGAGUCCAAGCGGAUAUUCGAGGAGCACAAGCAGCUAGCGCAGGAGUACCUUAAGAUACAAACAGAAUUAGCAUACCUCAGUAAGCACAAGACAGAAUUAGAGGAGAAUAUGGACGACGACGAGUUACGGCAGAAGAGAGAGAUUAUACAACUGGAGAAUGAGAAGGACUCACUAAUAAAACUGUACUGCACGUUGAAGAAGCAAGUGGCUCGCGCUGAGAACGAGAGCUGGCUGCUCGCUGAGGACGCGCCGCACGAGUGACACUCACACCACACACUCACACCACACACUCACACACACUUUCACUAAACACAUUGGGUAUAACACUAAAUGUUUGGAAUUACACUAAGGUAGACGACUAUUUUAUUUGGUAAAACGCGGGGCUUUAGGAGUGUUUGUUUAGGUUUCUGCAUAAAAUAUCAGAUUUUAUUUUUUUAUUUGCAUAAAAUAAUGUAUUCAUAGUUGAUCGUUAAUAAAAAAUGAUAGUCCGAUUGU